AUUUUGUUGUGGACGCAACACGAAAGGGUAAUAAAUUUAGGUUCAUUAACCAUUCCAAUGAUCCAAACGCAUUUUGUCGCGUUACGUUAGUAAAUGGCGAACAUCGUAUAGGAAUUUAUGCGAUGAGCGAUCUCGAACCUGGUCAAGAAUUAUUUUUCGAUUACAGAUAUGAUGGCGAAGCAUUGAAGUUUGUUCCCCUUGAACGCGAACGUCCACCGAGUCCGGCAAAAUCGAAGGCUGAUCAAGUACCUGAAAGUGAUGACGUUCAGGUUGUUGAACUCCAAGUUCCGUCUUCAACUGCCGAAUCCUCUGCAUCACGUUCUCCAAGUCCUGCUUACUCUACACACACUGCUAAUAACAAUGACAUUAUAGAAUCAGAACCUAUUCUUGAACAUUCGAAAGACACUGAUUCGACAGAUAACGAACCAGAAAAUGAUAAUGGUAAUAGCAGAUUUCCUAUAUUGAGCUCGACAAAGAAACAAACAGCACCAGCAACUUUGCCCGUUGUCACUGACGGAGUGUUCUCCAAUUUGUCGGCUAAGCCUGACACAGAAACUAGUAAAGAAGAUGAAAACCCACCAUCAUACGAAAUUGCUGCGGCCGAUGCUACACCUCCAUACUGGGAAACGACUGUCAUUGCACCUGGAUUAUGUGGGGAUGAAGUCCUUGUAGAAGGUUUACCUGUGGGAAACUUUUUCAGUUUCAUUUGGAAUAUGCUUGUAUCAAUGAGUUUUCAAUUUGUUGGAUUCUUAUUAACAUACCUUUUACACACUAACCAUGCUGCUAAGGUACAAAAUGAAUUUAUUGAUAAUAAGUCAGCUAUGGAUUUAGCGGACAAUGGCUCCCGAGCUGGUCUAGGCAUCACAUUGGUACAAUAUGGUUUUUAUCUUCGCGGUAGGUCGUUCCAGGAUGAUGGUAUGUAUUAUAGUUAUGAUGAGGCCGACUUAAGUGAUAAAGAAUUAGCACGCAGAGCAUGGCUAAGCUACAUUCUUAUGUUCUUGGGUUGGUUUAUCGUUAUCCGAAGCGUUUCGGAUUAUAUCAGAGUUAAAAGAAUCGAAACAAUUAUGCGUACUACUCCAGAAGAAAGUGUAUAA